AGCAUCAGGCAUCAGCGCAGCGCCAUAGAGAAGCGCGCAGUCUAUUCUUUGCUCAAGUGGCGCGACACGUUUAGCCGCUCUUUCUCUGGAUCGUUUGUUGCUGUUGCUGUUGCUGCUGCUGCUGCUCGCAUCGUAAUAUUGUUUUGCGAUAAAGCCUCAGCUUAGCCCUUCCUUAGCAGAGUCGGUCGGUGCUGCUGUUCGGUUGUUUGUGUCGUUCAGUAGUGGCGUGGUUUAUUUGUAACGAGAUUCACAGUUUGUUUAGAUGCAUUCUUGUUUAUCGUCAUUGGUACAAGCGGAUGUUCCAGUUCAUUAGUGCGAAAACGUGCAGUAUAUUCCGGUGCGGAACAAUCUUGACCUCUAAAAUAAGUGAAGUGAGGGGAACCACGUGAAAGUUGACAAAGUUGAAGGUAAAUGUGUUGACCGCAGUUGAUAUUAUUGCUGGGACACUUCCGACAGCUCAUAACCUUGAUCUUGGAGCGGAAAACUUCAAAAUCUAGUACCAGUAGGACCGUUAUAAUAGUGCAGUGGAUAGAGUAGUUUCCUGACACAACGGUGAACCAGAGUCGUGUACGGUAACCCAACCAGCGCGGUAGCUUGCUGCGAAAAUGUCCGGCCUCAUCAAGGAAGAAAAAUUCGAGCGGAUAGGACGUGUCCUGCCGGCGGAAAAUUACAUCACCACCGAUCCGACCGAACCGGUGAAGCUUCGCGUUGCCAAGGAAGGUAUCGCCUCGCUGGACCCGCUGUCGGUGCCGGAUUUGCUGAAUCGUACCGUUCGUGACUAUCCCGACCAUCCGGCGAUGAUGUUCAAAAAUGCGCAAAAAGUGUGGCAGCCCAUCACCUAUACGGAAUACCGGGACAAAGUGCACAAGAUGGCUAAGGUAUUCAUCAAGCUUGGUUUGGAAGCGCACUACACGGUCAGUGUGCUGGCUUUCAACAGCCCCGAGUGGUUCAUCUCCGAGCUGGCAGCCAUUCAUGCGGGCGGUAUCAUCACCGGCGUGUACACGACCAAUUCCGCUGAAUCGACCCACCACGUGCUGGAGAGCUCCCGGACCAACAUCGUCAUCGUGGACGAUGCCAAGCAGAUGGAGAAAGUUCACUCAAUCAGAAACCGGCUGCCACAUCUGAAGGCUGUCAUCCAAACGUUGCCUCCCUACGCACCCUACGUGAAGAAGGAGGACGGAUAUUAUCGGUGGUCUGAGGUGGAAGAGAUGAACACCGACGACGUUGAGGAAGAGUUUAAAAAUCGUCUAGCCGAUAUUGGCAUCAAUCGGUGCUGCUGCCUCGUGUACACUUCCGGAACUGUUGGACAUCCUAAGGGUGUGAUGUUAUCCCACGAUUGUUUGACGUGGGACUCCUAUUCGAUUGGCAAACGGCUGGAUCAGAUCCAAUCGGGACAAGAAGUGCUCGUGUCCUUCCUACCGCUCAGCCACGUUGCAGCGCAGAUUGUCGAUAUUUUCUUGGGGAUUCAGUUUGCAUGUACGAUAUACUUUGCCGAUCGGGAUGCUAUGAAGGGAACACUGUUAAGUACCCUUCAGGAAGCUAAACCCACUAGGAUGCUGGCGGUGCCACGUGUUUACGAGAAGAUCUAUGAGAAAAUGAUGGCCGUCGGAGCACAGAGUGGAGCGGUGAAAAAGAUGAUUUCCAGCUGGGCCAAGAGUGUGACGUUGCAGCAUUAUUUGGACAUGAACGACGGUAAACCCUCCAACUCGUGGCAAUACCGUUUCGUUCGAAACUUCCUGCUGUCGAAAGUGAAAGACGCCCUUGGUUUCAGUCGGAUGAUGACCCUCGCUACGGGUGCCGCCCCGAUGGAUCCCGAAACGAAGAAAUACUUUAUGAGUUUGGAUCUUCCGAUUAUGGACGCGUUCGGGAUGUCCGAAACAUCCGGUGGACAUACGCUGACGGCACCGGAUAGUUACAAUUUCUCGACUGUUGGAAAAUCGCUCGGUGGUUGUGAGUCGCGAGUUGACCAGCCGGAUGUGAACGGGCACGGUGAAUUGUGCUUCCGGGGACGAAACAUUCUGAUGGGUUAUAUCGGGGAGGAAGAUAAGACCAAGGCGGCUCUCGAUGAGGAGGGUUGGCUGCACUCCGGAGACAUUGGAUACGUAGACGAUCACGGUUACGUGUACAUCACUGGAAGACUGAAGGAAUUGAUUAUCACCGCAGGCGGCGAGAACAUCCCGCCGGUGCACGUAGAGAACCUGGUUAAAAACGAACUGAUGCAGGUGAGCAACACACUGCUGAUCGGCGACAAGCGCAAGUUCCUGGCGAUGCUGGUUACGCUCAAAACGUUCGUCAACGUGGAUUCGGGUGAACCGAAAGAUGAUUUGACGCCGGAAACGAUUGCUUGGUGCAAAGGGCUUGGUGUCGAGUACAGCAAGCUAAGUCAAAUCAUCGCCGCUGGACCGUGUCCGAAGGUGCUGCAAGCAAUUCAGGAAGGAAUAGAUCGAGCGAACAAAAAAGCUAUUUCCAAUGCUCAGAAAAUCCAGAAGUUUGCGCUGCUGCCGGUGGACUUCUCCGUGCCUGGUGGCGAAUUCGGACCCACCCUGAAGGUGAAACGAAACAUUGUCCACGACAAGUACAAGGACGUAAUUGAAAAAUUCUACGCCUAACAACGAACACCACGAACUGACAUUCCACAAACUCCUUGCCCGCGGUUAGUCGGUUAGCAUUCCUCCGACACACACAUGUUGUUAUGUAUGUUAUGCUAGAUAUUGUUUAUUUUUUGUUUAUUGACAAGUAAUGUUAAAUUGCUUUUUGUUUUUCCGUUCUUGUUGUAGUUAGUUUUCUAGUAGCAGAAUUUUUUGCAUACAUAAUUAAUUGUUGAUUGUUUAGAGCGAUUGAAACGAAACCAGUGCGGAAGACACUGGUAGUAAGUAAUACGGGACUUAAAAACACUAAACUUUUGCGUAUACCAAAUGCCUUCGGUUAGGGUGUGCCCUAGCGAACAUUAAACGAUAUUAGAUAGAGCGUAACCCAAUGUUGUGUUACGUUCAAGCUGUCCAGGGACUAAAGCGAACGAUUGUUCUCUUGUUGUUGUGUAUAAAAUUAUAGUUUAGUUUGUGAUGAUUACCUCAUUAGAGUCGUUAACUCUGAUAACAUCGGCAGUGAAUCACAGGUGAUAAAGAAACGGACGUAUCACGCAGAGGAGAAUAGCAGAAAGCGAUGGGUGAGAGUGAGAGAGAGAGCAAAGUAGCUAUUAAUUGAAUAAAAUCAAUUUUCUAAGAAGCCGAUCAAGUUUUGUGGCA